AUGAAGGUAAAGAAGGUGUUUGUGGUGCUGGUGACGUGCUGUGUCACAAUAGGGACGCUCGUAAGAGGAAGGGAAGAAAUAAAUGAAGCUACAGGUGAAAGACCAAGUCGUCAUUUGCGUCAGGAAACUUCUUGGUUUACGUCCGCACUCAUCAAGGCCGGUAUCGCGCAUAACUUGACCAACCCGCUGCAACAUCGUGAUAAAGCGCUUGUGUCUGCCCACCGCAUAUAUGACCCAGCAUCUGGUCUAGCGUGUUAUCUUGUUGGAGAUUGUAUGUCAUGUUACAGCUCGGAGAGGGAUGAAAGCUUUUGCCGCGAGACAGGGUACAGACAGGAGCUAGAUUGCCCUCUACCUUGGGACCCGAAGGACAAAUCGCCACUUGCGAAGCGAGAUCAUGGACGACAGACACGUUACAAGGCUUGUCGACCGGCCGAUACAGUACGACCGGGCCUUGCAGUGGUAAAGUUUGAGGCGGUGAUGGUAGUGCUGUUAGUUGUGUCUGUUGUACUGUUGCGACGUGAGCGACGAAACCACAUGAGUUUGUUUGAUCGGAGGAAGGAUCCACACCAAUGUGGUGGACUGCUGAAUGGUCCUGCUACUGGCAAUAAAAGCUCCGAUUGA